AUGACAAUGACGACCAAAGAUAAGCCCAAGCUGCCCGUCCAGCAGCUGGCGAUCCUGGCCGUUGCCAGAAUCGCCGAGCCCAUGGCCUACACCUCUGUCUUUCCAUACCUCCCCUCUAUGGUCAAGAGUUUCGGUGUCAAGACAAACAAGGUCGCUCGCUGGGCUGGUAUCACCUCGGGUGUCUUCUCCAUCGCCCAGAGCAUCACCGCUGUUGGCUGGGGAAAGGCAUCUGACACGUAUGGUCGGAAGCCCACCAUCAUCACCGGUCUCUUGAGUACCAUGGUGUGCUUUGUGAUAUGGGGCAUGUCUACGAGCUUGCCGAUGGCCAUUAUCGUGCGAGCUAUCCAGGGUGGUGGAAACGGCAAUGUUGGUAUCAUCAGAACCAUGGUGGCCGAGAUGGUACCAGAGAGGGAACUGCAGCCCAGAGCCUUCAGUAUCAUGCCUUUAGUCUGGAGUUUGGGUUCUGUCAUCGGUCCCAGCUUCGGAGGCUUCUUUGCUGAACCGGCAAAGCAGUACCCAGCCAUCUUUGGAAAUAUCGAGUUUUUCAAGCGUUUCCCUUUUGCCCUUCCCAACUUGGUAUUGACCAUCUUCUUCCUCAUCUCCGCCACCAGCGCAACGCUGUUUCUCCAUGAAACACUCCCAAGCAAGCGAGGUCAUCGGGAUUGGGGUCUUUUGGUUGGUGAUCGCAUCAAGCGCACCUUGAGACGCUCACCCCCGGCUCCCUCAACACGCCGAGCUUCCUUUGUGGAUGGAGAGGCUACUGCCCCUCUUCUCCCUAGCAAGGUGAUCCCAACGAAGCACAGCCACGAGCCCUAUGGUCAGCACAAGGAGAGCGUUUUUACUCGCCAGACCGUCAUCAACCUCCUUGCUUAUUCCUUCCUGGCCUUCCACUCAGUUGCCUAUGAUCAGGUCCUCAGCGUCUUCUUGUAUCACCCGGUUGAGGACAAGACCCCCGAAAACUUCAAGUUCCCGUUCUACUUUUCUGGAGGAUUUGGGUUGGAACACGGCCAGAUCGGGUUGAUCUUCACGUUGUACGGCAUCGUCUGUGGUGUUAUCCAAUUCCUGCUCUACCCCCCGAUCGUGACUCGGUUCGGAGUUCUGCGAUGUUUUAGAGUUUGCUGUCUUCUCAUGCCCCUUGUGUACUUCCUCACCCCGUACUGUGUGCUCUUCCCAACGGCCCAGGGUAGGCUCAUCGCCCUCUUGGUUGUUCUGUUGAUUAAGGCGGCCGCUAUUAUCGUUGCCUUCCCCUCAACUACUAUCCUCCUCACAAACUCUUGCACCUCGCUCCGCGUGCUGGGUACCCUGAACGGAUACGCCACCACCUUCAGCGGCAUCGGCCGAGCCCUAGGCCCGGCCUCAACCGGCGCUGUCUUUACCUGGGGCGCCGACAACGGCUACAUGGUCACGCCUUGGUUCUACCUCAUGUUUGUGGCCAUUCUCGGUGCAAUCCCGGCGUAUAUGGCCGUCGAUGGCAAGGGCCCUACUGCUUCGGCGGAGAGCAGCGAUGCCGAAGAUGAUGAG